AGGUAGAAGAUUUAGACAUGAGAAUUGGUAUACAUUCUGGCUCUGUUCUUUGUGGUGUAAUAGGCCUUCGCAAAUGGCAAUUUGACAUUUGGUCAACGGAUGUGCGUCUAGCUAAUCAUAUGGAAUCUGGUGGAAAACCUGGACAAGUGCAUAUCUCAGAAGCUACUUACCAAUGCUUGGGUGGAGCAUACGAAGUGGAACCCGGAAAUGGACAAGAUAGAGAUGCUUACAUUCGGGAACAUAAUAUUACUACUUUUCUAAUCAAACAAGUUGAACCAAUGAGAUCUCGAAAACGUUUAGCUUCUAGACCGAGCAUAUUUUCGAACAAAUUGUGGCCAGAAGAAGAUAUAAAAAGUCCUCUUAGUUCACCCAAUACCCCACCUACGCCAGUUUCGCCACCUUUACCACCUUCAAGCGAAAGGAGUGACAGUGGUAUACAACAUAGUGGCACAGAAGAAGAAAAUACCACAGACUGGACUCCCGAAAUCCCCUUUGAAAAUCUUCAUAGAACUAUUUCAAAUGAGUUGGACGAAGAAAUAGAGACAGUAUCUUACAAACAAAAAUUUGAAUCGGACGAAGGCAAAUAUAAGAAACGGGGCUCGACUUUUCAAUCACCUAGUGAACAAGUCGAUGAAAUUAUUGACCAUAGUAUAGAAAUCGAAAGUAAUAAACGAAUGAGAAAUGCCAAUGUUAACCCUUGGACAUUGAGGUUCAUAGACAAAGAGAUGGAACACCACUUUAGUCAACUUCGAGAAGAUAUGUUUAAAUCUAAUAUGAUGUGCUGUUUUAUAAUAUGGCUAUUCAUUGUGAUAUGUCAAGCAAUUACCACAGACAUGUUCAAUUUGGUCAUCAUCUGCAUUGUCCUAACAACUCUAAUUUUAAUCGCCACGUCGGUUCUAGUAAUGGCAGAAGAAUUCCUCCAACUUCCUGAAACAUUACGGAAAAUGUCCUCAACGCUAGUGCACAAAAGAACCAGAAGGACAGCGUUUAUUUGUGGUGUUAUCAUACUCAUGUCAAUGACUAGUUCUUUAAACUUGAUUAAUUUUAAUCCAAAUAACGAGAACACUUUAAAUUCGAGUGAUUCAAAAGAUAACUCUAAUAUUAUGCUGAAACGAAGUUUAACUGAUAGCAAGUACGGCAGAACACAACCUACCAUUAUUUUAAAUUUUUUAGUGCAAGCUAAUGUUAACAAUAACUUUACUCUUAACUUUGAAAACAAACCCUGCGACGGCCCUUGUUGGGAAGAUCUAAAGCAGGAUGUGGAAUCUAAAGUCAGCAAUAAAACGACAUCGAUUUUGAAGAAUUUAAGGAAGAACGUACUUCAACAAACGAAACAAACUCUAAUUAACAGAAGAAAAAGAGAUAUCCAUAAAUCUAAUAAAACUAAUGCAGUAGCUGGUGUAGUUGUAGAUGACAAUUCUACUACAACUGAUCAAAUGAAUCAUGAUGAAGAUUGUCGUCAUCCAGAAUAUGUAGUUUUUACUUGGGUUUUGUGUCUAAUAGCCCUUGCAACUGCUUUAAAAUUAUACUAUCUGAUAAAAAUAUUAUUAUUAAUUAUUAUGUUAGUAGUGUAUACUGUUCUCAUCUUGAUUCCGACUAGUUUAUUUAUCGAACAUCCGAACCCUUCAUCAACAACGGAAAUGCACAUCCCUCUCUCAGCACAAAUGAUGAUUCUUUUAAACGUCUUUGUCCUGAUGGUAGCAUACCACGCGCGACUGGUCGAAGUGACAUCCAGAUUGGAUUUUUUAUGGAAACAACAAGCCGAAAGUGAAUUAAACGAUAUGCAAGAAACAAGGCAAAAUAACGCACAACUUUUGAAGAACAUAUUACCUGAUCAUGUGGCUCUUCAUUUUCUUUCCAGUGAUAGAAAUAGUGAGGAACUGUAUUCCCAAUACAGAGAGGAAGUAGGAGUCCUUUUUGGUAGCAUUCCAAAUUUUACAGAUUUUUAUUCUGAAGACAUCAAUAAAGGUGUAGAAUGCAUCAGACUGUUGAACGAAAUAAUUGCUGAUUUUGAUGAACUAUUAGAUGAAGAACGUUUUUGUGCAAUAGAAAAAAUAAAAACUGUUAGUGCAACUGCAACAUACAUGGCUGCAUCUGGCUUAAAUCCAACUCAAAAAUGUUGUAAAAAUACAGAUAUGCCAGAGCACCUUUGUUCUUUGGUCGAUUUUGCAAUAAUGAUGCGCCACAAGCUGGACGAAAUAAACAAGGAGUCAUUCAAUAACUUUGGUUUAAAAGUCGGUAUCUGUUUAGGACCAUUAGUUUGUGGAGUUAUAGGAGCUAGGAAACCAGUCUUUGAUAUAUGGGGAGAUACAGUGAAUCUUGCAUCAAGAAUGGACUCGACUGGCGUGAUUGGUACCAUACAGGUUCCAAAAGAAACUGCACAAAUUCUCUUAACGAGAGGGUAUGAAGUAAAGAAACGUGGAAUAAUUGAAGUGAAAGGAAAAGGUCUUAUGGAAACUUAUUUUGUAAUUGGAAAACAACCGAACAGGCCACCAAGUUUCCAAAGACAACCCAGUCAUUACAGCAGUUUAGCCGCUGUCGUUUAUGCCAUGGCCCAAACCCGCAAAAAACACACUGGCAAUACUCCUGGAAGUGCUGUGUUGGGUAGAGCUAGAACGCAACAAAAAGGAGAAAGAAAAAUUAUAAAUUAUAGUUCAAUGAGGAUAACGCAUAAAUCCGGAGGCUACCCAGUAAGACGAAAUACUACAAGAGCUAAUCACAAACAUAUGCAUGCAAGAUCCCAGCCCAAUAUGAGACAGCUUUCAGGUUCCGGUAUCUAUUUGGAAAAUAUGAAAUCGAUGAAAUCCAUUGAAAGAGAUGUUACUUCAAAUACAAUAAACAAAAUGGCUGUUUCCCAGUCAGCCCCGCAUACCCCUGUGACGGCAGCUAAUCAUGAGGGACCCAUUUUUAAAUCAGUACCAAGACUGCUAUCAGAACCAAUUGUAAAUAGAACAAAAGGUGGUUCGCCGUCAAACAAGACAAAUAGAUUGGAACGGCAGAUAUCCGUGGCAAAGGACGAUAUUAUAGGAGAAAUAAUUAGCGAAAAUAUUAAGAUGAAAAAUUCAGCAAUAAUACCGGUACACUCACCGAAGCACCUUCCUAAAAGAGAGUCUAAAUUCUCCCUAAAAUCACCUCUAUCCAGAAGAGAAACAAAAAUACAAAUAGAAAAUGCCAUCAACAGAGAUAAACUUAACAAAGUUCAUUCAUUGGAUGGAACGCAUGUUUAAUUUUUUUCGUACAUUUUAUUUAAUUCAACGUUAACAAUAAUUUGUGGUUUUAUACUUGAAUUUUUAAAAUCCGUCCGAUUCCAAUAUCGUUAAGAAUUUAAUUAAAACCAUUGUUUAUAA